CAGACGGGAACGGGUUAGUUUCUUCCGGUCUGCUUUACGUGUAUAAUCACACCCGUAUUAAUGACAUCUUAACUUAGAGUCUCAGAAGAAGCGUCUGUCUGAAAUGGUCAAGGCCGAUCCAAAGAGGUUAAGCCUGGUGCAGGCUGUCACAACGUCAACUAUAAAUCAGCCAGUGAACCGAUUCAUCACGAUAUCUUCGGCAGCACAUGGUCUCCAGUAUCCGGUCUUCAUGGGUUCCCAACUGAUUUAAGAUGGUGGACGGAUGUACGAUCUCACAACGGCCAGAAGUCUGCAAAUCUUCGUGUACUCAUACACGUCGAUGGCGACAUUCUGGAUCUAUGACUAUUUUUGUUCACUUCACGAAGAGUGGACAUUCCUACUUCGAUCGCGUUGGACCAAAGUAAAAGCCCUUUAUAUCACUGCACGAUAUGUGCCCUUUUUAAUCAUCAUCGUGAACCUAUAUCUGGCCGUGGCCCCGAACGAGAAUACCAAUAAAUGCUGGAUAUUGAUCGAUAUUAUCGCAUGCUUGAAUCUGAUAUCACUCACUUGCUCUGAAUGGUUUUUUGUCCUUAGAACGUAUGCGCUCUGGAACAGAAAUAGAAUUCUCCUCGUAGCCAUGCUGUCCGCCCUUUUUGCUAUCAUGGUAUCAUGCUUCAUCAUUAAUAGUUUUACUACUGUUGUGACCUCUUAUCGUUUGUGCUCUCACCUUCUCCCACUGCUAUUUGCACGUAUUCACUCCACUUUCAUAGUUGUGGCUAGCACGAUCCCAGGCUGUCACCGGGGCACCGGCAGUUUCUCAUUCUUUGUGCCGUUUAUUCUCAUGUUUGUAUUCCAACUGGUACUGGUGUCCCUCACACUCAUGUGUGUCAUACAGAGUUGGCGGUCGGCCCAGGGCCCUCUGUAUGCCAUCCUAGUGAAGCAUAACAUAUUCUACUAUGCAUGCGGCCUGCUUCUCUCGGCCGUGAACGUCCUUGUGCCACUGCUGCCGCUUUCUGAUUCCCUGUCCUACUUUAUCCCUGAAGAGUAUGCACCUCCAACUUCUGUUGCGAAUUCCUACUGACAAAACCCCCAAAACACACAUUUACAGUUUUGAGGUCUUUAUCCUUGCGAUCCUCGCUACACGCAUGCACCUCCAUCUCUGGCAUAUGAACAA